AUGAGAGGAAUGAGGCUGACCAGUUUUGAACCUUCGUGUGCAGCAAGGCUUCGAAGCCUUACGGUGCUAUCUCUGUCCAACAACUCCCUGCGGGACCUGGAGAGCUUCCGGCCGCUGGUCAACCUGGUGGAAGUAAACGUCAACUUCAACGCCAUUACCUCGCUCCACGGCUUGGUUUGCCCUAACUUACGGAGGCUCUACCUCAGCAACAACCUUAUCGCCAGCACCGAGAGGUUCACGGUCUCCUACCCGAAACUACGGACCCUUUGCCUGUUCAAGAACAUGCUGCCGAACCUUGCGUCCGCCCUUGAGCCACUUCGGAGGAGCCUUGCAGACCUGAGGGAGCUCGACCUCGACGGAAACCCUUGCUCGCGUAGCCGAGGCUACAAGCACCGCGUCAUCCGCUGCUGCCCUCGUCUGCGGGAGCUCGACGGGGAAGAGCUGGGCCAGCUCGAUCGUGACUUGUCUGAUCUCUUCUUUGAGGAGCAGAGGAACAAUGCGGUGUGGGACCGAAUGGGAGGUGUAAACGACGACGGAGAAGGAUCCAGCCGUCACUGCCGCCCCGCUACAGCCCCGGCGACAACUGUGUCGAGGAGAUGGGCACGAAGCAAGGGAAAUAACCCCAGCGGAGCAGCCAGGGAGAACCCGAAGCUGCUAGAAGAGGACGGCGAGGAUUUGGGAGCAGCAUUGCAAGGCUCCCUGAAGCUUGGGGAGCUGAUGGAUUUCGCUGGCUGCCUGCCUCCAGGAAAAACUCAGCUGCUCAGAUCCGACAGGCUUAACAAGGACCCACAGCUCCUCAGCUACUUGGCGCAGGGAGUGCUCGCUGACCCCUGUGGGUCGCCUCGGGACGCCGUCGAGUCCCUCCGGCGGAAGGCCCUCGCCCGCUCGACGGAGACACGACGGCGUGCGACCGCCGCAGCAGAACAGCCUCUCGGAGAAGCAGAAGAGGAAGGAAUCAGGGAGGGGGGAAAGGUGCCAGAGGAGGAAAAGGGCUUCGAGGAAACGGGCGGAGAGGGCGAGGGCGAGGGCGAGGGAGAGGGAGAAAGGCAGGGAGAGGGAAAGGGGGCGAGACAGGGAGAGGGAGACGGAAACGGAGAGGGAGAAACGGCGGUGGGGGCAGUGCAGGGCGACAGUGGCAGAAAUGGACCCACUAUCAGGGCAAGAAGGUCUCCGCCGGACACGAGAAGAGUACACAGCAGCGAAGGACCAACCAAAGAAGAGGCGCUGCCCACAAGCCCAGCGCGGAAUCUGCAGCCGCAAGACGAGCUGCCGCCGACCCUACCCUUGCCCCCUCCCCCUCUACCUCCUGCGAACGGCCUGGAUCCUUCGGACCCUUACGCAACGAUAAGAAAGCUUCUCAAGCUCGUGGAAAUCCUUCAGCUCGAACUCGCUCGCGACGACAACAACACCGAAGACCGCCGGUACCAGGAGGGAGCCUUUCUUUGCGGAGACCUCCGAAAAAGAAGCGGCCGCUACGCCGACGGCGACACCACGACUACUACCACCGACCACGCGAAGGGCGAGAACGCCUUCUUCUCCGACAAACGGCCUGGAAACCCUCGCACCCGCGACAGCACGGUGAUUUGCGACGGCGGCGGCGGCGGUGGUGGCGGUUUCCCGUACUUGGGCGCGACGGGCCGGGAAGAACUCAGGCGGUUACGCCUCGAGAACCGAAACAUGCACCUGCUCCUCGUGGAAAACCGGGAGCUGAAGACGCAAAUCCGAGAGGAGACCGCCAACGCCGAGCUUGUCCAGAGGGAAUUGAGAGACAAGCUGGGUAGGGUUGAGGGGAAGCUGGACGAAGUUACCGGGGAGCUCGAGGCGGCAAGAGGGAGGCUGUUGCUGCUUCCGCCGGCGGUGGCGCCGGCGACGGUGACGGAAGAGGCGACAAUUUCGAGCCGGAGCAGAGGGGGCGAUAGCAACACCAUCAUCCCGACUUCGGAGUUGUCUUCUUCUCCGACGAUAGCGACAAUGGACUCGGCCUUCGGCACCGACGUUUCAGUCGGCGAUGAUGGUGGUGGGGGUAGCGAUGGUACUGGUAGGGGGGGGGGUGGAUGCAGUUACAACAGUGGGGGUACCGGUAGGAGCAGGGUGACCCCGUUGGACUGGAGGAGGAGGCCCGAAAAGGCGGUAUGCCCGACGAUGCCGUCCAAGGACGACCUCGGUCAAAAACACGUCACUGCUACCAAGGGGAUGGUGACGGCGACGAAGGGGAUGGAGCAACGCGCGGCACAACAAGGUUCCCUCGAAGAACAGCGUCAUGACUACUACAGCGAUGACGCUACGAACAGUGAUGACGGUGAUGGCGGCGACAAAGAGUUGGAAGAGCUAUUCCGAAGGAACGAAAGGACCAUGCAACAGAUUCGCUGCGACCUGAAACUGCUACAAUCUGACAAAGAGAUUGAGCUCGAGCAUCACAACACCAACAACGCCAGCAGCAACGCCAGCAGCGAUGACAGCGACAACAAAGGUGAACUACAAGUCCACGAGAAACAACAACCACUAAAGGCUGGGGGAGGAACGGCGGAGACCGGCGUUGGGGAGCAACUUCCAUCUCGGAGAACGCCUACACAAGCGCUUUUACUUGGCGGAGACAACAGCCAACGUCGGGAAGGGAUCAUUCAAAUCCCAGGGUCAAUGCUACAACCUCCCCAAGGCGAAGUCUGGGAGAGAAACAGGAGGUACCCGUGUUCAGAGCCACCAUCCGUUUCCGAGCUUUUGCUGCAGCUCCGGCACGACGAUAACGUACGUUCUUCUUCUCCUGCGGUGCGGUGUAGCGAGGACGGCAAUAGGAAGGAGGGGGAUGUCGGCAACAACGCUACCAAUAGCCCCCCCCAUAGAGGACGGUCCACGCUGCUAGGAGCAAGCAGCACAAAGGGAUCGGACGAGGGAGAUUCAACGAGGGGGGGGGGGGGCGGGGGCGGGGGGACGGAGGGUGUUGGUGACGCCGAUACGAAGGGCGGGUUAAUCACUCUGGUUGCCUCGAAUGCCAGGGCGUUGCUCAUGUCAUAA